GCAAAAAACGGCCCAAAUUGACCCGAUUUGAAUAUCCAGCCCACUACUCUGCGAGGACGAAUAGAAGAGGAAAAUAAGAAAAACGAACGAGAAGACGAUCCAGGGAGCAUUUUCAAUGAUCAAAUACGCUCAAACAUACGUAUUUAUGUGUUUAUACGCACGUAUUUUGCAGUUAUAGAAGAUAGGAACCUUAUAGGAGAGUUUAAUUUUUUUCCAUGGCUUCUCAAUUUCUAGGGCAAAUGUGUCCUGCUUUGAAUUGAAGUACCUAACCCUAGAAAUUGGAGAAAGUUUUCGGGGCGAUCCAUUGCUAGCCCCAUCUGCAAUUCGGGUAUAACUAUUUGCAAUUCAGCCAAACAUAUUCUUAAAGCAAGUCAUUCCCCUUAUCAUAUCCAAAGAAGACGUACAAUUUUGCUAAUAGGUAUUUGAUUAAGGAUUAUGUUAUGGAGGGCAACACCCUGUAGCUUUUAAGGAGGUAAUGCGUGGAUGUAGUAUUGGAUCUGAUCUCGUAGUCAAUGCCGGGGUUGAUUCCAUGGGAGGAUUUGUUGAAGGCGGAGUUGGUAUUGGUACCAAAAGUUCUCCGCGCACAGCAGCAAUUGAGAAGGUCCAUGCAAAGCUAAGGCAGGAGUGUGAUGGCCUACAGGAAAGGAGGAGGCAGUUAGAAUUUCUGGAGGAAGGUGGCGAUCCCCUGGAAUUCAAAUUGGGGGAUGCUGUUUCACCUAGUGUUCAAUCCACCUCACUGCCAGAUAAACAUCCGGAUCAUUUCGUGACCAGUGAAGUAAAAGGUAGUCGUGCAAUUACCGCUUCACCUCAUGGAGACUCGGCUGAAAGUAGCGGUCGACCUGGGGCUCCUCAGCUUUGUGAACCCAACAGUGCUGACAAUCUCAUGCUGUUUGACGGGGAAAAUAAAUUUGUUGGUAGUGAUAGGGGCUGUAGACAUCCCAGUAGGAGCAAUGUUACUCCAUCAGGGCAGUCCUCUAAGUUUAAUGAAAUUCAAAAUGCAAAAGAAUUGGGUAACGCUACUGCUUUUGACAUCCCCAGAAAAGCAUACAAGCGAAGAUACAGGCCCCGACCGAAUCGCGACAGUGCUAGAUCAAGUUCAUCUGAUAUAGCUCGUGGUGGUCACGGCACGUCUUUGCCUUCACAACAUUUUCCCAAAGAGUUAAAAGGACCGGUUUCUGAUUCAGAUAAAGACCAGAACUCUUCUUUGAACAUUUCACGGCUGCCUAGUCCAAAUGGUGGUAUAUCUCUCAAGUCUAUGCCUUCUGAUAAUCAGGUGCACUUGGAAGUAGAUGGUGUUAAACCAGAGUCAAAUACUGGCUUUAAGAAAGACGAUAUGUUGGAUACUGUUCCUGAUGCCAGUGCUUCCAGAGGUUUGCCUGAUGGACAACAUGAUCAGAACUCACUCACUGGUGUCCAGGAAAUGCCUAUCCAAGAAGCUCCUGAAAGGCCUCAAUUGUCAUUGGGAAAGGAAAGGGUAGAUUCUGCUGGUCUUGAUUGUCAGCCACAUACAUCUGAAAGGGAGGUUGAUAAUCAAGCUAGCUCCGUCCAAAUGAAUGGGUUCUGUAGUGGAAAUGAUAAUAAGCCAAGCUUCCCAAAUGAAGCUGAAAAUAGUGGUGUAAUAUUGGGAACAAAGGGUUUAGAUUCAGAAUCUUCUUGCACCCAGACUAGCCUCAGUCUAGAUGGACAUAAUGAUUGUGAAAUGUGUACCAAUUUGAGUAUUUUGGAUUCCAACGGCGACUUAAACAAACAACUGGUAGUGCCAGAAGGGACGCCAGUUAUCGGAAGUGAUGUUAAUGUAAAGAACGAGAUGAAGGCUGAUGUCAAUACUUGUUUAAAUAAUGAGGAUUUUAAUCCUGGUCAACGCGAUCACCAAAGUAAUGGUUGUUUACCUAAAUCACCAGAAGAACGUGUCAGUAUUGUAUCUAAUUUGCAAAGUGAGGUAAAAGAUAAACAUAUCCUGGAAAGAAUGGAAGAAGUUGGCCCAUCUGAAUCGGAAACCGUAAGAAAAUAUAGUGUGCUUAAAAGGGACGAUUCCAACUCCCAAAAUAUUUGUAAUGUCGGUAUUCAAGGUACGAUUGGUUCCUGUAUACCAAAGCAUUCUGAGUGUGUAUCACAGCCUAGAGUUUCAAAUCUUGCUCCCGAGGGACAAGCACCUAGGAUCCAGGUUGAUGAAGACUCGAUCUUGAAAGAGGCACAUGUUAUAGAGGCGAAGCGUAAAAGAAUUGCAGAAUUAUCUGCUGUAGCCUGUCAACCUGAGAAUUGUCGAAAAUCUCAAUGGGAUUAUGUACUUGAAGAAAUGGCUUGGUUGGCAAAUGAUUUUGCUCAGGAACGUCUUUGGAAGAUAACUGCUGCAGGUCAAAUAUGUCACCAAAUUGCUUUUAGCUCACGGUUGAGAUUCCAAGAACAAAAUCGUAGUUGGGAGCAAAAAAGAGUAGCUCACAACCUGGCCAAAGAUGUCAUGGAUUUCUGGCAUUCUAUCGAGGUAUAUAGGGGGAAAAGCAAAAAAAUGGAGUUCCCAAGGACUAAAAAAGAUUACCCUAUUGCUAUUGGGAAGUAUGCUAUGGGAUUUCUGAAGUACAAUGACUCAGAUGUUCCAAAAAGUCAAGCUGCGGCGCCAUUGACUCCAGAUAGGAUAUUUGACGGGGGAAUUGUGGACACAUCAUCGGAAGACCAUUUGACAGAGGAGAACCUCUUCUACUCUGUCCCGCUUGGUGCAAUGGAUGCUUAUAGAAUAUCUAUCGAAUCUCAUGUGCAACUCUGUGAGAGGACAGGUAGUAGCAUGCAAGAGGAGGUGGAGACAUCUGCAUGUGAUGCAGUUGCAGAUUGUGCAGGGGAUGAAGGAGAAACAAGUGCAUAUCAUAGGUCAGUUGCCUUAGAAGGUAGCAAAUCAUCAAGACUUCCCCAGAAGACACGGAAGAUCCACCUGAAGGCUUACAGUGGUAGACCAUAUGAUGUUGGUGCUGAUUCACUAUUUACUCAAUGUGUGGAAAAUAGAGUUGGCCCUCAUCAAUCUAUGCUUCUGGGGAAACGACCAGCAAGCAAUGUUAAUGUGUCUAUUCCAACCAAGCGUGUGCGUACUGCUUCAAGGCAGAGAGUUCUUAGUCCCUUCAGUGCAUCAACAGCUGGAUGUGUUCAGUUUCCAACCAAAACAGAUGCUUCAAGUGGUGAUAGCGGUUCAUUUCAGGAUGAUCACAGUACAUUGCAUGGUGGAUCUCAGAUGAAUAGCUUGGAAGUUGAAUCUGAGGGUGACUAUGAAAAGCAUUUACUGUUCGACUCUGCUGAAGUAUCAAAACCUAAAAAGAAGAAAAAAGCAAAGCAUCUGGGUUCUGCAUAUGGGCAGAGAUGGCAUGUUGAUUCUAAUUAUCAAACCAACCAGUUUCAGAGAGAUCCUUCCAGAAAGAGAUUGGAGAGCCAUCAACUUGAAUCAAAUGGUAGCAGCGGUUUAUUUGGUCAACAUAAUGCAAAGAAGCCAAAGAUGCUGAGGCAAUCACUUGAAAAUUCUUUCGAGAAUAAUGCCCCUAUUGGUGGAUCUAUUCCAUCUCCAGUUGCCUCCCAGAUGAGUAACAUGGCCAACCCGAAUAAACUUAUUAGGAUGCUUAGUGGAAGGGACCGGAGUAGGAAAGCCAAAACUUUGAAGAUGCCUGCAGGACAGCCAGGUUCAGGAAGUCCUUGGUCACUAUUUGAGGACCAGGCACUUGUUGUCCUGGUGCACGACAUGGGUCCAAAUUGGGAGCUUGUAAGUGAUGCCAUCAACAGUACCUUGCAAUUCAAGUGUAUAUAUCGCAAACCUAAUGAGUGCAAGGAACGCCAUAAAAUACUUAUGGACAGAACUAGUGGUGAUGGCGCUGAUAGUGCUGAAGAUUCAGGAUCUUCUCAACCAUAUCCUUCAACAUUACCUGGCAUUCCCAAGGGAAGUGCCAGACAGCUGUUUCAGCGUUUGCAGGGGCCAAUGGAAGAGGAUACGCUCAAAUCGCAUUUUGAGAAGAUCAUCUUGAUUGGGAAGAAAUAUCUUUUACGGAGGAUUCAGGGUGGUAACCAUGAUUUGAAGCAACUCCAGCAACCGCACGAUUCUCACAUGCUUGCUCUUUCCAAACAUUGUUCAAAUAAUCUGAAUGGAGGACCAAUUCUUACGCCUCUGGAUCUGUGUGAUGCACCUUCGUCUAGUCCAGACUUUCUUUCUGCUGGAUUUGAAGGUCCACACUCAAGUGGGUUAUCUAUCUCGAGUCAGGGUGGAGGACCAUUGGUUCCUGCGUCUGGUGCAAAUUCUGGAGUGCAAGGAUCCCCCAAUAUGAUUCUUGGAAACAACUUUCCAUCAUCAUCAAGUCCGGUAAAUGCAUCUGUCAGAUAUGCUGUUCCGAGAUCUGCAUCUUUUCCAGUUGAUGAGCAUCAGAGACUGCAGCAAUUUAAUCAAAUGUUAUCAGUAGGAAAUAUGCAGUCCAAUAUAUCUGCUCCUGGAGCUCUUGCAGGCAGUGAUAGUGGUGGUGCUCGUACACAUCCCAGCGGCAACAGCAUGGGGACAAUGUCUGGGUUAAAUAGAGGUAGCCCAAUGGCAAGGCCUGGGUUUCAGGGAGUUGCAUCAUCAUCUGUGCUGAAUUCUGGGAGCAUGCUUUCUUCUGGGAUGGUAGCAAUGCCAAGCACUGUAAAUAUGCACUCUGGAGUGAGCUCUAAUCAAGGGAAUCCAAUGUUGAGACCUCGUGAUAUCUUGCACAUGAUCCGGCCUUCACAGAAUCAGGAAGUUCAGAGGCAAAUUCCUGAGCUCCAGAAAGGAAACAGCCAAGGAGUCCCUCCUUUUGGUGGGUUAAGUUCCUCUUUCCCUAACCAGACGGCCCCCUCACCUGUUUCAUCACGCCCACUUCAUCAUCAGCAACCACAUCCUAUAUCUUCACAGCAGCCACUUGUGCAUAGCCCUCAUCACCCUCAUCUUCAAAGGGCCAGUCAUGCCACGAACUCACACCAUCAAGCUUACGCAAUUCGCUUAGCUAGAGAGAGGCACCUGCAACAGCGGCUUUUACAGCAGCAGCAGCAGCAACUCUCACAUACGCAGCCCCAUCUUCCUAUAUCAUCUUCACUGCAGAAUAGUCCUCAAAUCACUUCCCAAUCUUCUUCUCCACCAGUAUCACAUUCUCCUUUGGCAUCCCCAGCUUCAAUGUCUCCAAUGCCACAGCAUCAACUAAAACAUCCAUUUCCAGCUCAUGGGCUUGGACGAACUGCACAAACUGGGGGUAGUAGUUUAACUACUCAGAUGGGCAAGCAAAGGCCACAUCAGACAGGACAGCAGCAGCUUCAAAAUGCUAGCAGACACCAUCUUCCACAGCGCCAGCAGUCAGAGUCUCAAAAACAAGCUAAAGUUUCGAAGGGAGUCGGGAGAGGGAAAAUGAUGACACAUCAGAACAUGCAGAUUGAUCCCUCUUUAUUGGAUGGCCUUCCUACUGAGCAACUCAAUCAAUCUGCAGAGAAAGGUGAGCAAACCACUAAGUUACUGCAAAGUCAGGGAGUGUAUUCAGGGCCAGGAUGCAGCUUGGUCCAGCCUGCAAAGCAAAUGGUGAGUCAGCCGCAGCAACCCCACUCUAAGAUUUAUUCUGGCCAAGUGCCUCCAUCCAAAAAGCAGCAAAUUCCCUCCAUCCAACCUCUUGCAUCAUCGAGUGUAUUAGGUCCUAAAUCACCCCACCAAUCUGUUCCAUCCUCGGUUGUAGGUUCUUCCAACCAUAGAAUGUUGAUGCAUCCACAGCCGCAGGUGCAACUGCAGCCAAAGUUGAUGACUCAAAGUCAAGCAGCUCUGCAAGGUGGGCUGCAACGGAGCCGGUCAGUGAAUUCUGAUCCACCAAAGUUGCAAUCUUGUGAACCUCAAAGUGAGCAGCACAAUAUGUGCGACACUUCACAGAUAGGUAAAACACCCCUGCAGGACUGCAACAGUUUAACUAAUGCCACAGAGGUUUCUGCCCCAGGGGUUGCUCAAAUGAAGGCUGCAGUCCCAUCAUUCGAUUCAAUUGCGACCCCACCAACAAAUUCUGCUGGCAGCGAGACAGUGCCAGAAGUCAUCCAAGGGGUAAGCCAAAGGCAAUCUUCUGGAAACUUUUCUCCUAUUGGGCCUGAUGCUAGUGUUCAAUGGAAGCAAGAGUCUUCCGAGUUACAGCCUCCCUCACCAGUGACCCAGCCCCAGUCAAACCAGCAACAACUACAGCAGCAGCCACCAUUGCAACAUUCAGAUCAGGCUCAGGCUUUACAAGCAGGGAAUAGAAGUUUGUUUGCUAAACACAGCGAAUCUAGACCGGAUUGAGGCACACUCAAAAUAUCAAGGAUUGCUCUUUUCGCGACUGGUCGAUUCCUUCGGCAUGCCUUUGAAACAGGAGUUUACAGACGAAGCUCAUUGUGCCUGAGGGCAUCGCAUCAGGACGAGAUGGUGAAAUUCAAGGUUUUGCUGUCGUAGAGGAUCAUCCGCUUAAAUUAUGUGUUUUGUAUAGUAUUUGUUGCCCUAGAGGCCUCAGGAAGGGUAGGGACAGAUGUAGAGGUAGGUGUACAGGCUCUCUCUCCUCUUCUUUUUUCCCCCUUCCCCCUUCAAUUACCUCUCAUUUUUUCUUCAAGCCUCUUGUUCCACCUGCUCACUAGGGGGAUCCUAUUUGAUUUUGUCCCCGUAGAUCAUCCCAUGUAUUAUAGCCCUUUUUGUAUUCAAGGGGAUAGCUAUCAUUUUUAUGGCCAAAGGCUGUGGAAAAUUUUGUAAAUAUUAGGCAUGUGUAUACUUCAUAUUUGUCAUAACAGUCAUCAGUCAUGACUGCUCACCCUCCUGGGAGCUUGUGCAAUUCUUGUAAUUUUCCUA